AUGCGCGUAGGCUACAUAGGAUCGCGGCCAACAGACUCUACCACUAUCAACUAUCUGCUUUUUGGUGGCACCCUCGUCGCAGUGCUCAAAGUGCGACCAGAGUUGGCGCGGCCGAGACAAACAAUGUCAUACAAAUGGCAAUAUAGGGCAUGUGCAAGCUCGCCGGGGGCUGCUCGCCAACUGGUGACAACUAUUGGAACCAGUACUACUUCUUCGGCGAUACCUGUAUGUCCAGACGCGGGCUACACUCUAAUCAAGACUGGUGAUUUUACAAUUGGAGGAGACGGCACGUUUUCUAUAUCCAUCAGUGCCGGGUAUGGACAAAUAUCCGCGUAUAUGAUUGGGAUGAGCUUUAGUAUGUCCCCGAAAGAGCCGGCCAAUGAUCCAAAUCAAACAACCGGCACCGCAUUUGAUCCUGCUUUAUCGACUAUUCCCGAUUCCGUCGACACUAUUACCAUGGCCUCCAACUUCACCAAUCUACUGCUUCCGAGCGAUUUGAAUGCAGCUGGAGGGCCCUCGCAGAAUACCCAGGGACCUGGUAUCGCCGUCGCCUCUGGACGAACAACAGGUCUCCCCAUGACAACUCUUAUCAUUGUUGGGUCCAUUCUUGGCGCCAUAUCUCUCCUCUCCAUCUUCAUUAUAGGACUAAUACACGUCCGACGACGACCAAAGGAGAGGUUCCUCCCCCAAAAGGGACCAAACGUCAUUGUGCCGUUCCAUGGAGGGGGCGUUUUGAAGCAUUCGUCGCUCAAAAUAGAAGCGAAGGCUGUUGAUCCUACGGAGCCAAAACGACCUCUCCCGCCUCCACCCUUGUCGCCAAACUUUGUCCGAUACGAAAAGAGUCGGUUGCCUACACUCCUUCUGACCGGUCAGACGUACCCUGACCUACACUGCACGCUCGAAAUUCUCGCGCCCGCAAGAUCAGCGUCGUACCACCGCCAAAUGGUCCUUGGGCUUCGGAUUGGAUUUUCGACUCCUCGAGGAUUCUAUCCUCAACUCUGCAAGUAUGAACUCGGUUUCUCCUGCGUUGUAACGAUGGACUUCUCCUACGCAUGGACUGGCUGUCUGAUGUCACCUUCGACGAGUCUCCCUCUAGAAGGAAACCGGACGUUUUUAGAGUCGAUUGGCGGCAAUGUAUUCUCCGUAAACAUCACAGAUAUUGUGACGAGGGACAAUGCCAUAGCAUGGGGAUCUAUAUCGAAAAUCUCUCUACAGCUCGCUCUAGGGGCUCUUCCUCUGUCGACCAGUACCCCAUCUUCCAACACGCCAAAGGGAACCCAGCAGCCUGAAUCCACGCAAACGUCCUUGGGAGAUACUCCACUCGAAUCGUCUCCGUCGUUCUUGUCUUCCUCGUCCAUUCUAUCCUUUCUCACCAGCAAUGUCACAACGACCGUUGAAUCGUCAUGCAUGACCAUUGUUUCAUCUCCAUUCGGAGUAACGAUUGUGGCUGGAGUCGUCUCUGCUCAAAACACUGCCUCGCCACCCAGCAAAGCCAGUAUGUCGACGAUUGAAGAGUUUCAGCCGCGGUUGUUUGGAGAGGACGUUCCUCUGACUGCCACUGUUCAUAUUCUCAGUCUAAAAUCGUUGGAGAAGCCACCUCUGGAAGUCGUAGAGGGAUUGAUGGGUAAGCGACCGCCACCUGUCGAGGAUGCCGUCAAAGAGACAGACUCUGUCAGCAAUGAAGGCUCAGUGGCUGAUCACGCCUGGAAUGUGUCUUAA